GGAAGAAGUGGGCUUCGUCCUUCCCAAUGCGUAGGGCCUCAAGUCCUGAUCCUCAUCUCUCUGCUCGUCUCCCGCAGCCCAGCGGCAGACACACGGUUGAGUACGGAGUCCUACACCCGAUCCUGGGACGAAGACGAGCAGUUGGGCUUACACGACAUGGCGACGGAAGGGUUUGAAACGGGUUACGAAGGGCAGGGGGGCAAGGAAAGCUUGCGAAGCACCUUGCAAACACACCCCCACGUCCACGGUGGGGACCACCCCAUCCACUUCACUCGUGGAUGCGAUGACGGGGCAAGGACAUGAAAGGCAACCAUCUCGGGGAUUGCGGCGUCGCAGGCGCUGAACAUGGGAGUUCCAUGGAGAGGCAAUAGUGCGUACGCUGCAUGCCGUAAUAAAGAACAACGAAACAGAUAUUCG